AACCCCCCUAGCUAGCAGUAACGGGGAGGGAAAGCGGUGCAACAGACUUGAUUCUAUUACUCCGCCACCAAGACAUCAAAGCAGCUAACCACCAAACACAGCUAUUAUGGCUCGACCGUAUUUCGCCAACGGUCGAUCGCGAGGGAGGCCGAUAUUGGCUUUUGUCACGAUAUUCUCAUUUUUCGUUCUAGGGGCAUUCAUCGCGAUAAAGUCAGGCGCGCCAGCACGGCCGCAUACUUUCGAUUUUCGACAUGCGACGUCGCGCGCCAACACCCAGUUCGAAUCGGAGACUAGGGCGGAAGGAAAAGGCGAUAAAUAUCUAAUUGGUGUUGGAAAAGCUGAUAUAACCGGCCCUGUGGUGGAAAUCAACUUUGCUGGCUAUGCCGACCUCUCCCAAACCGGCACGGGUCUCCGACAGCGAAUCUUCUCGCGGGCGUUUAUAAUCGGCGAUGUUAAUAACCCGAACGAUCGAUUCGUAUAUCUGGUCCUUGAUGCGCAGUCCGGCGAUACGGCUGUGCGAUUUGGCAUUUUGGAUGGCGUUGCUGCGCUCGGAGAUGACUACGCCGCGUACGGAUCAGGGAACAUCGCCGUUACUGGAACGCACGCUCAUUCUGCACCGGGCGCUUGGUUUAACUACCUACUUCCACAAGUCACCAGCUUGGGUUUUGAUAAGCAAAGUUACCAGGCUCUCGUUGACGGAGCCGUAUUAUCGAUUAAGAGAGCUCAUGAGUCCUUGACUGAGGGAUACCUCGAUUUUGGGAAGGUGAACAUUACGGAUAGCAAUCUCAGUCGAAGCCUAUACGCCUAUUUGGCUAACCCAGCCGAGGAGCGCGCUCAAUACACGGACGACGUUGACAAGGAAAUGACUGUUCUCAAGUUCCAGCGAGCAUCCGACAACAAGAAUAUAGGCAUUUUGACAUGGUUUCCCGUACAUGGCACGUCCAUAUAUCAGAACUCCACACACGUGGCUGGCGACAACAAGGGAGUCGCAGAGAUCAUGUUCGAGAAAGCAAUGGAAGGCGAUGACUCUGCUGCCGAUGGAUUCGUCGCCGGGUUCUCUCAGGCAAACGUCGGAGACACAACUCCUAACACGGGAGGCGCUUGGUGCGAUGAUGGGUCAGGUCAGCAAUGUAGCUUGGAAAAUAGCACGUGCGCUGAUGGUAAAUCUGAGUCCUGUCAUGGGCGAGGACCUCUUUUUGAGAAGCUCGACCUCGGAAUUGCUAGUUGCUAUGAGAUCGGCAAACGCCAAUAUGAUGGCGCGCGAUCAGUCUAUGACGCUUUCGGUUCAUCCGGCACUGCCGUCGUUGGUUCGACUGUGAAAGCGUUCCAUUUUUAUCAUGAUAUGAGCUUCUGGAAAUUCCAGCUAGAUAACGGGACCGAAGUGCAAACAUGUCCUGCGGCGUUAGGUUAUUCUUUUGCUGCCGGUACAUCUGAUGGACCAGGUCAAUUUGACUUCACGCAAGGUGAUUCUGGAACUCCAAGUGCGAGCCCUAUCUGGGAGGUAGUAAAGAGUUUGCUUCGCGCACCCUCACCCGAACAACAGGCGUGCCAGAACCCCAAGCCAGUUCUUUUAGACGUCGGCGAACUAUCCGAGCCCUACCCGUGGAGUCCUAACAUUAUCGACGUUCAGUUACUACGAGUUGGACAGUUCGUCAUAAUCAUAAGCCCUAGUGAAGCUACUACAAUGGCCGGGCGCAGAUGGCGUGCUGCCGUCAAAGCUGCUGCCACGGACCUCACCGAUGUUGAACCAAAUGUUGUACUAGGUGGACCGGCCAAUACGUAUGCGCACUACCUAACUACACCCGAGGAAUACGGCAUCCAGAGAUAUGAGGGAGCAAGUACGCUCUUUGGUCAAUGGGAAUUACCCGCAUACAUCAACCUCACCGUCAGCAACAUCAAGUACCUCGCACCCGAUGCCUCAGGCUCACCCGACGCGGGCCCAAAACCGCCGGAUAACCGCAACAGCAGUCUGAGCUUCAUCACGGGGGUUGUCCAGGAUAAUCCGCCGUCAGGGAAGGCAUUCGGAGACUGCACCACGCAGCCUGAGUCGAGCUACACGCGUGGCGCUGUCAUCAAUGCUACGUUCGUUGGUGCCAACCCGCGAAAUAACUUGCGGCUCGAAGGUACUUUCGGAGCCAUCGAGAAGCAGGAUGGAGAUACUUGGACGCAGGUCCGGGAUGACUCUGAUUGGUCUUUAGUUUACACAUGGACGCGCACCAAUACGGCGUUGGGUUACAGCGAGGUUACUAUUACUUGGGAGACAGAAUCCGAUGCUGAACCUGGGACGUAUAGGACAAGGUAUUAUGGCGAUAGUAAGGCGUUGAUCGGAGGGGGUAUCACGGCUUUUAAUGGAACUAGCAAUACAUUUACGCUGAGUUAAUGGUAGGUAAUACUAUGAUACGGAGGAGGGUGCGGUUAUAAGUAAGGGCGAUGAAUAUCGCGAGUAUGUAUAUAAUGAACCUCGCAUAUCAUCCUAAGACGUGGU